UUAGUCGGCCUUGGUAAUUAUUCACAUUCACAAACUAGACAUAGCAUAGGAAUGUUGGUAUUAGAUUAUAUAGCAUCACACCUAAAUUUGACAUGGUCAAAAAAUAAAAGUUGGCCUGCUACCGUUACUACUACAACAGCCAUAUACGUUGAUCCUCCUAAACGACCUAAAAUAAAUCAAAAAAAUGAAGCUGGAACAAACAUGAAGAAACAAGAUAAAAACAUUAUAAAUCCUAAUGAUGAGAAUGGUGAUAUUGAUGAUAAAAGUGCUUUGGAGAACGGAGUCCAAAAGCUUUUAGAUGAUAAUGUUCAAUCAGAAGAAAAUAAUAUAAGUGUGACUUGUACGCACUCUCAGCAGACAACUUUACCUAAGCCUAGAUAUAGGCCAAAACCUGAUCCAGUACCUUUGGAGAUAACAUUGAUGAAGCCAUUGUUACUGAUGAAUGUUAGUGGAAAAUCAGUUUUCAAAGCAAUUAGAGAAUUAAAAUUGUCACCAGCUGACAUUAUUGUAGUGCAUGAUGAUAUGCAACGCGAAUUAGGUAAAAUUAGUUUGAAGGAGGGUGGAAGUGCAAAUGGUCAUAAUGGAAUCAAAUCGGUAAUUGAUGCAUUGAAAACCAAUCAAUUUCGUCGAAUGAGGAUUGGUAUUGGUAGACCGCCAAAAGAGAUUGAUGAUAGAUCUCAUGAUGUUAUUUCUAGUUACGUACUGGCACGAAUAACUAAUAGUGAGAUGGAAUUUUAUACAAAAGAAGUAUUUCCAAAAUGUAAAGAACAAUUACUUAAAAUUUAG